CAGUUCUGAAGUCAGUGUACUCCACGGCUCGUACGUGACUACAUAGCAUGCACGCGAACUCGUGUUUACAGUAAAUUUAAAAUAAUACCGCUUUUUUCUCUCAAUCUUUAAUCAAAAUGGAAUCACUCGACGUAAUCGAAGAAGUGUUCACAGCUCAACUGCAGCAGCUUCGAAAAGCUGUCGAGGAAGGCUAUCUUGCAAUCGUCAACGAGAUAUUUCAAGACGAUGCAUUCAAAAGGGCUUUUAAACGCAGCAAAUCGCGCUUGGGAGAGUAUCAAUUAAAUCUUCUCAAUACAGCGGCGUGCAAAUACUAUACGGAGAUUGUGGAGAAGCUCAUAUCUCACGAAAUUACUCUGAACGUAGAGGAUAAAAAGUUUCCAGUUAUCCAGCCACUUUGGUACGCCAUAAUAAAUGGCCGAUAUCAGAUCGCUAAAAUUCUGAUUCGCGCGGGUGCAGACGUCAAUCGUCGAGCAGGUGAUCAAUGUCACUUCGAUUAUAGAGGCACACCCCUACAUUUUGCCGCAAUGAAACGUAAUGAAGAUCUCGUGGAACUUCUCUUGGCUCACGGCGCCAAAAUAAAUGCUUGCAACAGCAGGAAAGACACUGCGCUGCACUACGCAGUGCAUGCGGACCCGCGGUGCAUUCCAACGGUUCGUUGCCUCUUAAGACAUGGCGCCCGGGUCGACCUAGGCUCCGAGCCGGUGCUGUUGCUGGCUGCGAGAUUAGGAAACUUGGAGCUCGCCAAACUGCUCAUUGAAUAUGGCGCUAUCGCGAGCAAGGACGCGUCAAAUAAAAGCGCUUUGCAUCACACAGCUCAGGCGUACUAUCAGAAUACCGAGCUCGCCAUGAUGCUGCUCAGCAACGGCUUACCUGUUGACCAGCGGGACAAAUGGGGAGAGACACCGCUGCACGAGGCUGCUAAGAGUAAUAAUGCUGCAAUUGUAGAACUACUAAUAGCUCAAGGCGCAGAUGUCAACGCAAAAUGCUCGUUCGACGUAACUCCUCUCUUCUCAGCGACGGCCAGGGGCAACACCUCGAUUGUAAAACAACUCCUCACCAAAGGUGCAAAUCCAAACGUCAUAACGAAGUACGGACAAACGGCCUUUCACCUUGCCUGUUCAAAAGGCUUUGCUGUUAUUGUCAGCGAACUUCUCAAAUUUGAAGCUGACGUAAACGUACCGACUUCCAUGGAUGCUUUAUCGCCUAAUAGAGCAGAGUAUGACUGGGACAUCAGAGUUAUGCUGAUAAAGUACAUCGUUAAGCUACAGGCCAAUAGUAAACCCGUCUCUGAGGAUUUCAUAUUGACUUUGAGGAUCAAGCAUGACAAGCUUUUCUCUGAUUGUCAGAGUGAGAUUGAGAGGAUGAAAGCGACGAUACUUCAUAACAAAGUAACAUUUUUUAAACUUCUUACGCUGCCUAAAAAGGGAUUGGUGGCACUGAUGGAAAACAAAGAGCUGAUGAAGGUUCUUGACGAAAGCGACAUAAAGUCAUUGUUUCCUAUCUACGCGCAAGAAGUAACUGAGCGAUGCGAGGUAGCAAAAGCAAGGUUGAAGAUGAAGUGUUCAGUCGAAGAGAGUUUAAAUUCCAUUUUGCAUGUAAUAAUUCCAUGCGAAAUUAUACGUAAAAUUAUGGAAUUCUUUACUUUCGAAGAUAUGCAGUUUUUGUUGGAUUCAUCUUAGCAAGGUAACUUCAAAGGGACAUUUAUCACCAAUAAAAGAUAGAUACAGCGAUUGUCUCAAAUUGAGGUAAGAAGCUAUAGCUAAGUAAGUUUUGGUCGAAAUAAAGCUGCUGCAAGUAUAUAAGUUGCACAUGUGUUAUUUUCGCACAUCAUAUGCGAAUUGUAGACAAUCAAGGUCUCGAGAUGUAAAUAUUUGUAAUAAUGUUAAUAAAAAAUGAACAAUA